AUGGAGACGACAUGUGAUGAUGAGGAGGUGUCAGCGAUGAGGAAGAGCAGAAACAGUUCCGCCAACAAUUUCUUCAAAAAUCUCACUAAUUACAGCUGGAUGGCGAAGCUGGAGGGCUUUGAGUUCUGGCGGCAGACGCUGAAGGAGGCGCGCUUUGUGGUGGCGCCGAUGGUGGACCAGAGCGAGCUGGCGUGGCGUCUGCUGAGCCGGCGCCACGGUGCCCAGCUCUGCUACACGCCCAUGUUCCACGCUCAGGUGUUCGUGAGAGACGCCAACUACAGGAGAGAGAACCUGCUCAACGAGGUCUGUGCGGAGGACCGGCCGCUCAUCACACAGUUCUGUGCCAACGACCCGGAGGUGUUCAUCCAGGCCGCUCUGCUCGCUCAGGAUUACUGCGACGCCAUCGACCUCAACCUGGGCUGCCCUCAGAUGAUCGCCAAGAGAGGUCACUACGGCGUCUUCCUGCAGGAGGAGUGGGAUCUACUGGAGAGGAUGGUGAGGUUGGCCCAUGAGAAGCUGUCUGUGCCCAUCACCUGUAAGAUCCGUGUGUUUGAGGACGUCGAGAAGACGGUCCGUUACGCACAGAUGCUGGAGAAGGCCGGCUGCCAGCUGCUGACGGUGCACGGCAGAACCAAGGACCAGAAAGGUCCUCUGACGGGGGUCGCGAGCUGGGACCACAUCAAGGCCGUGAGGCAGGCGGUGAAGAUCCCAGUCUUCGCCAACGGGAACAUUCAGCAUCUGUCUGAUGUGGAGCUGUGCAUCCGGGAGACGGGGGUCCAGGGCGUCAUGAGCGCAGAGGGGAACCUCCAUAACCCCGCCCUGUUCGAGGGCUGCAGUCCCCCAGUGUGGGAGAUGGCAGAGGAGUAUCUGCAGGUGGUGAGGGAGCACCCGCCCUGCACCCUGUCCUUCAUCAGAGCUCACCUCUUCAAACUGUGGCACCACACGCUGCAGAUCCACCAGGACCUGAGGGAGGAGUUGGCCAAAGUGAAGACGGUGGAGGCUCUGGCCCACGUCAGUCUGCAGCUGAAGCUCCGCUGUCAGGAGGAGAUCUCUCGCUGUGACGGAGCAGAGGAGAAGGACAGUGGUCUCCCCGCCCCACACUGGAUCUGUCAGCCUUAUGUCCGGCCCCCGCCCAAGGAGCCGCUGGUGAACGGGAACAGCUUGUCCUCGGAGCUGAAGAAACCCGCCGGCCACAAGAGGGCGCUGCAGGACGACCCUGACUCCACCCAGGACGGUCUGUCAAAGAACAAGCAGAAGAAGAGGUCACGGAAACCCCACAAGAACUUCAGCCUGGAGCAAAAACCAAAGUACAUAAAGUGUGAGCAGUGCGGGAACCCGAAGGGAAACAAGUGUGUGUUCAACCUGUGUCGCGGCUGCUGCAAGAAGAAGGCCUUCAAAGAGGUGGCCGACUGUUUAAGUCACGGGCUGAAGUUCAAGACGAAAGCCGACAAACGCAGACUGGAGGAAGAGGAGAAGGAGAAGGAGGAAGAGGAGAGGGGGACAGUUCCAGUUCCUCCCACUGACCACAGCCUCCCCCUCCCCCUCCCAAACGGACAGACCAUCCUAUGA